GGAGAAACCCAUAGUUUUCGCUUACUCUACAUCUCCUGUAUUAACAUGAACACCAACAACAUGAACGGAACCUCCUCCUCCUCCCCUUUCCUCAACGUUUUCACUGCUGAUGAUACCACUUCUACUGAGAUUAUCACCAACCGAAUGAUUUAUGACAAAUUGCUUGAAAUCCAAGCUGCUGUCCAAAAUCCCCAAAGCUUACCACCCUCCAGUGUUGCUGGUAAUCAACAAGGAGCAAAUCUUGUUACCAGACAUCAUUGUUCCUGCUGCAUUCUUCGUCGUGGUGGCAACAUCCUUGGUUUGGAUGCCCCUGUAUCAUUGGGCAUAGAUGUUUUCGACAAAAAUGCAUUCAGUAUUCUCGCGGGUGACCUCACAGCUCAAGAACUGAAACACUUGUUGGAUACUCUCAACGAUGGUGGCAGGACAUUCGAGAGUGUCUCAGCAAAGUCUGAAAAGGCUGAGUGCGUAAGCAUGACUGUUGAGGCGCUUCGCAGAAACUUUCGUUGGAUGCACCAACCUGAAGAAGUCAUUUUAGAAGAAGCAAACCGUCGCUUUGAAGUUACGUACUACUACUGUAAGGUUUUCGUACGCUUCCAUCUUUCGGGUGAUAAGGAGUUUAGGUGGAUGGAUCUCAGUAGGGGAGAUCAAAACAAGUAUAUCGUUGCGUUCGAAGAAAUGAUGAGGCGCAUCACCAGCUCUGAUGAUGUUAGCGUAACGGUGAACGAUGUCAUUCCGUUGAACGUCUGCAAGAAAGGCUGGGCUGCCCGUAAUCUGUUGCGGUAUUCUAUCCGCAACCUCCACCGCAAGGCAGUUACGGGUACUUCCAAUAAUGUCCCUCCUGUCACCGGCCGCAGAAACCGUGCUCCCUCCCACAAACAAAGGGUAAUAAUCAUAACAUUGAGCCGUUGA